AUGUCUUUAGACGUAGUUAAACCAGUUGAUAAAAGUUUUGAUACAAAUGAUUUUUUGGCUAUCCAGCCGGUUUUUGCAAACCUUCCUACUAUAACAGAAAGCGAUGAAGAUAGUUCUGGGGUACCCAUACCUUUAACCAAUAGCCCCAGUUUAAAUUCCUCCGAGCCCGAGAAGAAGAGUAUAACACUAAACCCUGAAAAAAAAAUACCUACUAUUAUUACUCGACCAAAUACACCUGAUACUGAUAAAACAGCUGUUGACUCUGGAAAUAUAGUUGAAUCACCAUCAUCUAUAUCACCUUCAGGAAGUAAUAGUAGUAGGCCAAAUACACCAAAUAGUGAUAAAAAUUUUAAACAAAAUAGUUUCAAAUCAAAAUUAAAUUCUAAUAGCAGACCACAUACACCUGAUAUCAAUAAAAGGUUAUCUCGAAGUAAUAAUAAUAAUUCACCUUCGACGCUUACUGGUUCUCGUACACCUUCAAGAAGUAGGUCAAAUACUCCAGAGCUUGAUGGAUCAAAACGUAAAAGUAUUCAAAAUUCUCUUCUUAAUGAUAACGACAAUUAUGAAAUGAAGCCAUUGAAAGAACCUUUAACUAGUAGUAAUUUUAUACAUCUCGGAAUUCCGGGUGAAAUUAAUUUUCCAUCAGCAAAUAUUCGUGAAAUAUCUAUUGGAGUAUUUCAUAUAUUUAAUCCAUUAGAAAAUCCAAUAUCUUGGUCUCUUAUUCCAGCAGCUAAAUCAAUGUUUCGUCGAUUAGGGACAGCAACGAAUGCUGCUCAAAAAGUGGAAGAUGAUAUUUUUGUGGUUACCAAACCAAGAGGAUUUUUAAGACCAAAACAUGCUGAACGAGUUGAUGUCAAAUUUCGUCCUUUAGGAGUUGGGACAUAUAGUCAAACAUAUGUUUUAGAAGGAACAACAGAUGGUGGAGGAUCAGCUGUAGAUUCUGUAAGCAUGAAAUUUCAAGGAAUAGCAACGGAAAAUACAUUUAAUGCACUUUUAAAAAAACACAAAGCUUCUCAACCAAAGGAAAUAAAAUUUGAAGUUGAUGAAACAACAAUUAAGAUACCAUCUACCAGAAUUGGUAAACAACGAUCUUUGGGAAUCAAAAUAUCUAAUGUUGCAAAAGAGGCAAUAAGAUUAAUAUGUAAAUGUGAGACAACAGCGGGCCCUGGAGGCAAAUUUAUAUUGUCACUUCCUAUGAAUAGCGUUGUAAUAAAACCAGGCGGAUUUUCCAUAAUUCCUGUAAGAUUUCAACCAAGAGUUGAAGGAGAAGUAAAAGGAGUUGUCACAAUACAAUCUCCGCAGGGUAAUGCAGAGGUUAAAGUAGAUAUAGUAGCAAAAGGUAUUUUAGAUACUCAACAAUAA